ACAGUUAUACUUACACACAUUCACAGCAACACACAGACACACACCCCGUGCAGCAGCAGCAGCAGCAGCAGAGUCGGUGACUGGUCUCAGGUCUGUGAUAUUUAAGCAGAAACGGAAACAGAACAACAUCUGUUCACAUCUGCAGCUGCAGCGAGAACGUGACGAGAAUCAAGCGGAUCAAUGAUCUGAGAUUCAUCAGGAUGAUGAUGAUGAUGAAUUCGUCAGAAAAGUUGAAGAAGAAACCUCCGAAGGACAGUUUGACUCUGCUGCCAUGUUUCUAUUUUGUGGAGCUGCCCAUUGUAGCGUCCUCCAUGGUUUCUCUUUACUUCCUGGAGCUGACGGAUGUGGUGCAGCCGGCUCAGGUUGGUUUCCGCUGCCAUGACCGUGAACUCAGUCUGCCGUACGUGGACGGAGGAGACGAGCUCAUCCCGCUGCUGAUGCUGCUGAGCCUUGCCUUCGCCGGACCUGCUGCCUCGAUCAUGGUGGUUGAAGGUGUCAUCUACUGCCUGCAGUCCAGGCUGAAGCUGCGCCGGGCGGAGGAGAGCAUCAACGCCGGAGGCUGCAACUUCAACUCCUUCCUGAGGAGGACGGUGCGCUUUGUAGGUGUGCAUGUGUUUGGUCUUUGUGCAACCGCUCUAGUCACUGACGUCAUCCAGCUGUCGACAGGUUACCACGCCCCCUUCUUCCUCACCGUCUGUAAACCCAACUACACUCAGGCCGGUGUGUCAUGUGACAAGAACCCGUACAUCACUAAAGACAUCUGCUCCGGACACGACCAGCACGCCAUCAUGGCCGCCAGGAAGACGUUUCCUUCCCAGCAUGCAACUCUUUCUGCCUUUGCUGCUGUUUAUGUGUCAAUGUAUUUUAACUCGACCAUCUCCGACAGCACAAAGCUGCUCAAACCCGUCCUCGUCUUCGCCUUCGCCAUCAGCGCAGCGUUAUCGGGUCUGACGCAGAUCACUCAGCAUCGCAGUCAUCCCAUCGACGUCUACGUCGGUUUCCUCAUCGGAGCCUUUGUCGCCACCUACCUGGCGUUUCACGCUGUGGCUAACUUCAAGUCGUCUGAUGACAACACUCCACCCCUGCCUCCCCCUCCUCCAAAAGAAGACCCUCUUCGAGCGCUGACAGAGCGAGGACACGAGUCCGUCUAUAACAAGGGACCCGCCUCCGCCUCGGAAAGUAACGAUGAGAUUGCGGCCGGUCCACCCCCCAUAGACCGGCUGGAGGGCCUGGGGCCCCUGCAGAGGGAGAAGGCCUCCAUGGGGAGCCUGAAGAGGGCCAGCGUGGACGUGGAGCUGCUGGCUCCUCGGAGCCCAAUGGGGAAAGAGAACAUGUUGACCUUCAGUCAUACGCUGCCAAGGGCCAGCAUGAGCAUCAACGGGGUCUUAGGGGCCAACGAGAGACCAGAGGACCCGGUUCAGCCGGUUCAACCAGUGCAGCCGGUGCAGCGGCGUCUGAAGGCCGUUCAGGUUCCCAUGGAUCCAAUGCGUUCGCAGCAGCUGGUGUCGGAGUGGAAGCAGAAGUCGAUGGAGAUGAGAGGCCUGAGCGUUCGGGACGAGGCGGAGCGGGAUGCCAGUGAGGACGGCUCGGAUGUGGACUUUGUGGGGACUGACGAUGGGGGGUCUCAGGUUCCUAUCUACCAACCUGUGGUGCAGUCAGGGAGGUCAGCUUCCAGUCAAAACCCUACUCCACCUCAAGGGGGCGCCAAAGCUGUGGCAACUCCCAGACCACCACAGAUUCCUGAAGCAGGACCCCCACCAGUGUCGCCAAAGAGCGCCCUGACCCGCGCCAAGUGGCUCGCUAUCCGGGAGAAGACAAGUGGGGAGGGGUUGGCCCGUGCUGCUGCUAACCAGCCACGACUCAUGCAGGUCAUUGCCAUGUCAAAGCAGCAGGGACUCCUCCCCUCCUCCUCCGGGGAGAAGUCCUCUGAGACCACCUCCACCUGCUCCGGUGCCUCCUCCACAACCAACUCACCACACUACCGCCCCGCCUGUGAGCAGCAGCGGGAGGGGUCGGGUAUCAUCACAGUGGAUGCCCAUGCCCCCCACCAUCCUGUUGUCCAGGCCCUGCCCCCUCCUCAGGCCCCAUCCCUCACAGGUAAUGGUAACCCGUGGGAGUUGGCGGGGGCACCCAAUGGGGGCGACUCGCGGGACACCUACGACCUUAACAGCCUGAACCGAGGAGACUCGGUCACACACAACAGCAGCUUCCGGCCACACCGAUCCACCUCAAGGUGCACCACUAUCAACCCUGCCCUGCCCCCUUCUCACUCCCAGGAGGACAUGUCGGUGGAUGCUAAGAUCGACAUGAGACGCAAGACGGCUCUAGUCCUGCUGGAUCGAGAGAUUCGUAACCAGAGUGACCAGGAAAACUAUUAUAAGAGUUUGCAGGGACGGAGGUUCAAGGAUUAGUCUCUUACCCUUCAAAAUAAAAGCCUUAUUUUAAAACUGGUCACUAACUGUAAAGAGCCUACUCAGUGAUGCUCGGAGGCUCAAGUGUGUCCAUCAAUCCUGAUUUUUGUCCACUGUCGUCCAUCAGAGGCACUGUUAAAGUUAUAAUAAGAAUGAAACAUUCAGUUAUUACACGUCACACAGAAUACAAGAAAACAAACUAGUUCACGAAUAAGUUAAAUCAGAAACAGACUCAUGUCCCAUGACAGAGAGUUGGAGGAGUGAAUGUGUAGGAUGGGGUUGUGGGAUGAGGCUGUAAAUUAGCCUGAUAUGGUUGGACUUCUUGAAUAAGGGAACGUUAGCAUUACACACAGGCGCUAACGUUGUGUGGCGACUCGUUUACUUUCACUAACAUUAAACCCCCGACUUAACAUUAGCAUUACCAUUAGCAAAGUAAAAUCAGCGACCCCCCCACAGAACAGAGUGAUCUUAUUCGUCCCUCUCGUCAGAAUCGUGAUCCAGACGUGAUCAUGAUCCAGUAAAAUGUCUUCCUGACAACACAGCUGUGAGUUUAUCGGCGAGACGACCGUCCACAGUGUCGGGGUCUCCGAGCAGAAAGCUGGAAAGUUUCCAUGGCAACUCGUUUUUCAAUAACCUGAAGUCAAAGAAAAGAUUUGUGAAGAAGCACAAACCUGAAACGUGCAGUGAAGACCCUGUGGUUAUUUCCUGCGUUCAGAUCAUCAAGACUCCGCCCACUGCUUUCUAACGUCAGGAUGUCGUGGCGGUGUGACAGUGGCGCAUCAGCCACAUGAGAUCUUACACUGACUGUAUAUUACCUGGAUGAGUGUGUUGCGUUAUGAUGGUUUGGUUGCUAUAGUGAUUCUCAGCAUGUUGGUUUGUUUGUGUGCUGCUCUGUGAUUGGUCGAGGCUGUGCGUCCAUGUGAAUGUUUGUAUUUAUGAAAAAUUGACCAACAUGAGAUUAAAUAUAUAUCUAGAUAAUGAUAUUCAGAAUUUAAAGAUACAUUCCAUGAUUUAAAAGUUUCAUGUCUUUGUUACGAAUAUAUAUCUUAAAUAGGCAUUUUAACCCAUAAAUACAAGUUAGUGUCAUCUGCAUAGAAGUUUGUCGGAUGACAAAUUUCUAUGUUAGUAACAACAACCUAAGAUUGAAAAAUAUUGACUUGUGAAUCUGCAAAAGAAACAAAAACUUUGAUGAAGUUUUAAAACCACGUUUAUUAAAAAAGUAGAAGUUUGGACCUAAAGUUGUAAUUUGUUCAAAAUGUUUUGAGCACAAAGUCAAACCUUUCAGAAUAAAAGUCAUAUGUUUGGAUGUAAUAUUAGAAAAUCCCACAGUGACCUGAAACUAAACGAGUGUAUCUGUAAAUCUGAGGCUGAUGAUUGUGUCUGUGUUGUUACUGUGUUUGUGUUGUUGCACGUCGACGGCUCGAUAUCCUCAUCAUCUCUUUUUUUUAUUCAUGAAAACUCAAAAGAAACUGAAUGUAAAAAGCAUGUUUCUGUUAAUGUUGUGACGGGAAAUGUUAAAAAGAAAAAUGUGCUGCUUUGAAAAAUAAACGGAGGAUGGAUGCUGCAUGCUCGUGGUCGUCUGAUGAACAAUAAAAAAUUCCUACUUCUUCGACAUGACAUCCUUCAAAAUGAA